AUGGUGAAACUCUUGUGUGCUGUGGUGGGUGUGGCGGAAAGCGUGUUGUCGGUGCGAGUGGACAAGAGCGACUCGGUGGCUGACUUGAAGAAGGCGGUCAAGGCGGAGAAGAAGAACGACUUAAGGAACGUUGAUGCAUACAAGCUGAAGCUCUUCCUGGCAAAGACAGCGGACAACAAGUGGCUCCCUUCUCGCUUGAACGACGCAACGAAGCUGAAGAAGGGCGAAAAGACUGCUCUCAUCGAAGCGCUCACGAAUGAAGACAAAGAGUUACAGGGAGAAGAUUCGUUGGAGGACGUGCUGAUCGAAAUGGAUCCUCCAUCAACUUCCCAAAUCCACGUGCUGGUGGUGGUUCCACGGUCUACGGGAGACGAUUACGCAUUGAGCCCAAAUGACUUGUGCACCCUGGAUCCUGAUGUUCAAUUGAAUAUGUGGAAGUCAGUUGUGAGAGUUUCCUCGGAAGAUGUGUGCUCAGGAACGGCGCUGGUUGUGGAUCAAACGCCGACGCACUUGUAUCUUAUGACGAGCUUGCACCUGUGGACAGACGCCACCUUCGCUGAUCACUUGAGUGCUGACUUCAAGAUUCAAAUCAAACAGUACUUGAGACUUCACCCCUCAAUGAAAACAAGUGGAAGGAAACGGAAAGAUGCUGAUGUGAAGGACGCCGAUGUUGCAACGCAACCACGUCGUAAAUCUACACGGACGGCAGCGAUGAAAACACUAGCUUUAUCCGAUAAGCCUCAAGUUGUGGUGGAGCAGCUCCUUCCCACUACGACGAAGCCGGAAGAAGUCACUCGAUUCAGCCUUGACAAGGACACAUGCUGGCGUUGUUCGGCGGUGUUCGACUUCGCAAUCUUCGAAGUUGCUGUGCCACUAGAUAACAAGCUCAUCCGAUGUAAUACGUCCCUUACGGUGUAUGACACGAUGAGUGUUGACGUGUUCGGAUUCCCUGGCGCUCUUCAAGACCAAGAUUUUGGUCACGCUUACGCCAUCAUUCCAGCUAGAAUUACCGCUUGGUGUGAAAACCGAAUGACUCUCUCAUCUUUGUCAGCUCCUGGUCUAUCUGGAAGCGCGAUUGUGUGCACCAAAAGGGGAGUACCAGUGGGAUAUAUUGGUGGUGGACUCGAUGGCUCAGCAAAGAACGAGCAGUAUCAAUCCUAUGGCUUCACAUUUCAAGGGAUAAUCCACCAAUUACCGUCUUCGUUGACGCCUGAUACCGAAGGUGAAAUAAAAAUUGAGAUAUAG